AUGAGCGACCGUCUCUCGCAACUCCAAGAGGCUGUUGACCAGCUAAUGGAGCAAUUCAUAGCCACCUACUUCUACAUCGACCGACACCACGACCUCAAAACGUUCAGCCCCAAAGACACCAUCGCGCCCUCCAAAGCCGACCAACCGCCCGAAGUCGACACCCUCCCCCCGGACGUGUUCCAAGCAGGGCAACUUGAACUUGCGCGCGACUUGAUUACGCGAGAGCAGCAGAUCGAGUACCUGAUUUCGAGCUUGCCGGGCCUCGAUAAUAGCGAGCAGGACCAGUUGCAGAGCAUCAAGGAGCUCGAGGAGGAGCUGAAUGUGGCGGAGAAACAGAGGCAGGAGGCGGUCAAGGAGAAGGAUGAGGUGUUGGUUAAGUUGGAUCAGACGUUGAGGAGUAUUAGAAGGUAUUGAUUGGUUGGGGACGAAAACUAGGGAGGGAAUGGUUAAGACUAGGGGGGAUGGCUUGAGAGCAUGCAUAAAAGGUAUGGUGCUGGUAAUGAGGUUUUGACAUUUGGGAGUUAAGCGACUACGGGUAUGCUCUCUUCACAUGACGACACGAGGGCAUCGGGAUUAGGGCGUUUUAGGAGAACUACAAUGAGAAGGAAAGGAGGUUCUUGGCUUCGCGUUACAUUACAAACAUCAUUUUGGGUCAAACAAAGGGAACAACGAAAAG